CUCCCCCGUGGCGGCGCCGGCGUGACCAUUCAACAAUAACUUGUUCUGACAGAAUGCUGUGACAAAAUCAUUCAUUCUCUCUCUAGAAAGCUUUAGCCGCAGGGUUCAGCGCAGUUUGCUCCCAUUGUUCGCAACUUCUGCUUGUGUUUGCAGAUGGGGAUGAGCUUAUGGGACCGCUGGGUAGAAGAGGCGCUAUCGAGGUUGGAAUCCCUGAAAGUCCUCCGGUCACUGCGGCCCAUUCACCUUCGAGAUGGCGGAGAACGGAAAUCGGCUGAAAUUGAGGAAAACAACGCGCUUAAUUCCGACGAAUUCGAGGUGUUCGACGGUUUGCGCCAAUGGGAUAGGGCCUCCAUUGAAGUAGAGGUAGCGGAGAGCACGUUCCAGAGAUGGCUCCGGGACGUCCCCAGUUCAGGAGAUGAUGUGGAUUGUGGGACCCAAGAAAUUGACAAUGAAGCAGGGGUCUGCUCCCAUGAGAAGUUCCGAAAGCUACUGUUAUUUUCUGGAAAUGAUUACUUGGGGUUGAGUUCACAUCCCGCAGUUUCAAAGGCAGCUGCAAAGGCAGUCCUGAAACACGGAAUGGGUCCAAGAGGAUCUGCUCUGAUUUGUGGAUACACCAAUUACCACAGAGUCCUGGAGUCAUGCUUGGCAGACUUGAAGAACAAAGAGGAUUGCCUUCUUUGUCCUACAGGCUUUUCAGCCAAUAUGGCCUUGAUGACAACUUUAGGAAAUGUUAGCUCUGUUUUAGCUAAUGGGAGAAAACCACUGAAGGAUGAAAAGGUCGCCAUAUUUUCUGAUGCUCUGAACCAUGCUUCGAUUAUAGAUGGCAUCCGUCUUGCUGAACGACAAGGAAGUGCAGAGGUGUUUGUUUAUAGACACUGCGACAUGUCUCACCUUAAUGCACUAUUAUCAAGUUGUGUAAUGAAGAGAAAAGUUGUCGUUACUGACAGCUUGUUCAGUAUGGAUGGGGACUUCGCACCAAUGAGUGAGCUUGUGAAACUUCGAAAGAGCCAUGGAUUUUUGUUGGUCAUUGAUGAUGCCCAUGGAACAUUUGUUUGUGGAAAAAAUGGUGAGGGUGUGGCUGAGGAAUUUAAUUGUGUAACUGAUGUUGAUAUAUGCUUAGGCACUUUGAGUAAGGCUGCGGGUUGCCAUGGAGGCUUCAUAGCAUGCAGCAAGAGGUGGAAACAACUCAUACAAUCAAGGGGUCGCUCUUUUAUAUUUUCUACUUCUGUACCAGUUCCCAUUGCAGCCGCUGCACACGCUGCAGUUAUUGUGGCAAGAAAGGAGACAUGGCGUAGAAGGGCUAUUUGGAAACUAGUACAAGACUUCCGUGCUCUUACUGGAAUCCCAGUUACAAGUCCCAUCAUUUCUCUUAUUGUAGGGAGUGAAGAGAAGGCCCUGCAAGCUAGCCGGUAUAUGCUGAAAUCUGGUUUUCAUGUAACGGCAAUCAGACCCCCAACAGUGCCCCCUAAUUCGUGCAGGCUAAGGGUAACGCUAAGUGCAGCUCAUACGCUGGAUGAUUUGAGGAAGCUCACAGAUGCACUGUCUGAAUGCAUCGACUUCCAAGAGAUGCGUGCCAAUUGCACAAAUGGUGGAGCAAGGCUGUAGCAAUUCAUUUUUUCCGAUCAAUGAGUAACGGAAUCUUUGUACUUUUUUGAUGAUUUUGUUUGAGCAUCAUUGCAGUAGGGGCGUAUUGAAAGCACAUAAAGCCAAGGCUUGUGGAUCAUCGUCUAUGCAAUUUGGUUUUGUAACUGGAAAAUAAAUUCAGGUGCCGAGGAUAGCUGAUACAUAGUUUCAACUUAUUGGCCAACGAUAAUGAUGUACUUUGCCGCA